AAUCCUCCAGUGAAGGUGAAAGAGGAGCCGCCCGACGAAGCAGAUGGAAGCGAGGAUGCAAAGACAAUCGGAGAACACGAAAAGGUCCCGCUAGUGAUAAUGCCCUACGGUGAACGCUACUCGAUUCUUCGUCAGUUGGAACAGAUGAAGCCCACGGUGAUCAUUCUCUACAAUACAGAUAUCGUCACAUUGAGGCAUAUCGAGAUCUACAAAGCAUGCCACUCUGAGCUUUUCCUUCAAAUCUUCUCUCUCAUGUACAGGGAAUCGACGGAAGAAUCGCGCUACUUGACAGCUCUCAAAAAUGAAAUCCCUGUUCAAGGAGGAAGCGGUAAGUGGUCUCAGGUUAUUGUCGACAUGCGUGAAUUCAACAGCGAGCUACCAACAGUGUUGUAUACAAAAGGAUAUGAUGUGGUUGCUGUUACUUUAGAGGCAGGUUUUCUUGUUCCAACUUUUGGGCAAGCUCUAAACUCUGAGAUCUAG